ACUCUGUGAGAUUGGGGAACAUAAGUUAUGUAACCAUGAUCCUAAUUUAUAUUAAAAUCCCUAUUUUAAAAGGAGCAAACAGAUGAGAGAUGCCCAAGCUCAUGUGGCCAGUAAACGGCAGCAUCGGGAUUUGAACCCGACUCGCUACUGCCGUCGGGGAAAGGAGUCCCAGACUUGCCGAGGGGCUUCUCCACGCAGAUGAUCAGGGCUGGGGCAGUCGGACCCAGCCUAUGGAGGGGACAGACCCGUGGUGACCGACUGCUCCAAACCCGCAGGGCGGGACGGGAGAGAGCUGCCAGGGGAAGGAACCGUUUGGGGGUGCGGCCACGGCAGCUGUUUCGCUUCAGGGGUGCCCAGUGCUCUCUCAAAAGCACCCACAGCCAAGAAACCACACUUAUGCCACCUGAAGCUGAAAACACAAGCCCAGGACGCUGGCGACGCGACCCCCGCACCCAACGCACCGGACCUGACCCACCUCCGCGUAGCGCCCGCCCACUCACCAAUCAGAGGGAUUCUGAUCGGAUCCCCAGAGCACAGGGGCGGGACAACAGAGGAUCAUGUCCAAUGAGGAAUCGGUUCCCUGUCGCCUCAGGACUGAGUACUUCAGAAUCCUAACUGGAGAAUGGAGAGGAGGCGGUGGGCUUGGCCAAUCAGAGGGAGUGACUCAACAUUUGUGACCGAUAGCCAAUCAGAAGAGCGGUGGCAUCUGACUCUCCGGGCCCACGCUUCCCGCCUUUCCCCUAACUCAAGAGUCGCCGGCUCGCUGGCCACUAAAGUUGGGGCGCUCCCAGACCUCUCCUCACAGUCUUACCGCCGACACCGCUGCUGUGCAGGUGUCCGGGUGGAACAUGGCGAACUCGGGCUGUGAGGACCUGCGGGACCAGGAGGGGGAGAGUUUUCUGUACUUCGCCUACGGUAGCAAUCUGCUGACCGAGCGGAUCCACCUCCGAAACCCGUCGGCCGCGUUCUGCUGCGUGGCUCGCCUGCAGGAUUUUAAGCUUGACUUUGGCAAUUCCCAAGGCAAAACAAGUGAAACUUGGCAUGGAGGUAUAGCCACCAUUUUUCAAAGUCCUGGCGAUGAAGUAUGGGGAGUAGUAUGGAAAAUGAACAAAAGCAAUUUAAGUUCUCUGGAUGAGCAAGAAGGAGUUAAAAGUGGAACAUAUGUCCCAAUAGAAGUUAAUGUUUAUACUCAAGAAGGAAAAGGAAUAAUUUGCCGAAGUUAUCAGAUGAGAAAUUAUGAGAGUGCACCCCCGUCUCCCCAGUAUAAAAAGGUCAUUUGCCUAGGUGCAAAAGAAAAUGGUUUACCGCUGGAGUAUCAAAAGAAGUUAAAUGCAAUAGAACCAAAUGACUACAAAGGAGAAGUCUCAGAAGAAAUUGAAGACAUUAUCAAAAAGGGAGAAAAAAAACUCACUAGAACAUAAUAGAAUAUAUCUACGGAUAUUUUCUGUAUGUGCUAAUAUAUUUUUAACGUAUAGAACAGGGAUCUGAGGUAUCUCUGUGUUUAAUAUAUUUUCAACAGUGCUCUGAAGGGAUAUCUUACUAAGGUGAUUCCUUGUUUUUAGACUAUAAAAAGAAACUAGGUUAGGGAUUAGAUGAUAGGAAAGGGGGCCAUCAGGCACUGGAAUGCAUGAUAAAUGGAUGUAGGUACUCCUUCUGUGAACACUUAAAGUUAUUUUCUGGAUUUGAGUGUAUCCUUGCUCUGUGACAAAGGAGAGAUUUGCAACUUAAUGAUCGUGCUGGUGAAUUGCUCUGCUCUGGGAUUUUUUUAUCAGCUUAAUAGGAGCAAACAAACUGCAGAGACAGCUGAUAAUAAUUUUUUUAAAUUUAAAAAUGGCAUACUGUUCUUAGAGAAAUAAAUAUAUUUGUGCUUUCACCUGUA